AUGACGAUUCCGGCAUCGCCUCAGUAUCGGUUUUCGAUCUUGGAGAAAAAGUGUCCUACGUGCUCUUUCAGUGAAGAACAAGUUAGACUUCAUCAUGGUGAGUGCAAACGUCCAGAACCAGAUUCCCUGUCUCUUCGUCAAUGGAUGUGUUGUGACGACAUAGUUACUUCGUGGAUCUCAAAUUCCCUUGCUAAGGAUAUCGCAGACAUUAUAGAAUAUGCCAAUGAUGCAACAGAAUUAUGGACAGAGUUAGAAGAUCGCUAUAACCAAACCAAUGGAACCAAACUAUACAAAAUUCAGAAGGAAAUUAACGACUUGUCUCAAGGAGUAUGUUAUUACACAAAGAUGAAAAAGCUGUGGGAAGAACUAAAUAAUUUAAGUGCCAAAUCUCAGUAUAGCUGCCAAUACAUCUGUGGAGCCAAAGAGUCUAUGCACAAGGUUGAACAUGGCUCAAGCAUUUUCUCUACUGAUCCAAGAGGAAAACAUAGGGAAGUCAGACCAAAUAAUUUGCUUAUGAUGGAAUCUGUAUCUAUGAAUGUCUUUACUCCUAGGAACAUCAACUUACAUAUAGUGGAAUCUACUUCUUUGAAUGCCACUGCACCUAGAAAUGAUAACUUCAAAACCAACUAUUCAACUGGGAAUUAUCCAAAUAGAAGGCCUCGUCCAUUCUGCGACUACUGCAAGCGUCCAGGUCACACCAAAGAUAAGUGCUUUAAGUUGCAUGGUUAUUCUCAAAACAACAACUUCAGUCCUAAGUUUAAUAAGGACAAGAGGAUUUCAGCUAAUGUGAAUGGUGCACCAGUUGAAUCUAUGCCCGCCAAGAAUGAUGGGACAACUUCUCAAGGGUGCAGUGACAGCAACAACAUGAAUUCCCCUCUCAAUUUGACUAAGGAAUAA